AUGCAUCAUCCACAACAACAACAAGUUGCAAAUUCAUCGGGAGACUAUUCCUCACAAUUCGAACAAUCAAUUAACGAAACAGUGGAUGAAUUAAAGGGUAAAAUGAAUUUAUUGGAAGAGAAAGUGAAAGAUGUUCUUCAAUUUGCUGAUACUCUCCAACAAGUGGAAGAUUUGGAAUUUAGUGAAUGCGAGAGAUUGAAGAUAUUUUCAAUCAUCAACAAACAAUUUCCUUUGGACCCGAAAUCGAAUUCAUCGUCUCCUAACCAUCAUGAUGUUACCACCAACCCACAAGAAGCACAAUCGGACAACAACAUAUAA